CUGAUAAAGACUUCAAAUGUUAUUUAAUGUCACUUAAUAAAUAAAAUGGAACAAAAUGGGACCGCUGAAUCAGACAAUAAUGUUCACACCAAAAUAAUUAUAAUUGGUGCUGGAAUGGCAGGUUUAUCAGCGGCUUAUCAUUUAACCAAAAAUGGGGUAUCAGAAUUCAAAAUAUUAGAAGCAAGGGGUCAUAUAGGUGGUAGAAUAUUUCAGUUACCAAUAGGCAAUGAGAAAAUUGAACUGGGAGCCAACUGGAUCCAUGGUGUUUUGGGUAAUCCAGUGUAUGAACUGGCGAUGCAGCAUGGUUUAGUUGAUAUCAUGGCAUCCCCCAAACCGCACAAAGUUGUAGCAGCUACUGAACAAGGUAAACAAGUACCGUUUACUACCUUACAUGAGAUAUACGAAGCAUAUCUAUGUUUCUUGAAAAGAUGUGAAGAGUACUUCAUAUCACAGUAUCUCCCACCUGAAGGAAUCGAUAGUGUUGGAGAACAUAUUAAAUUAGAGGCUAGUCUGUAUUUGGAUAAAAUUAAAGAUUCCCAGGAGAGACAUUUACGUGAACUUUUAUUUGAGUGUUUGUUAAAGCGUGAGACAUGUAUUUCUGGGUGCGAUGAUAUGAGCGAAAUUGAUUUGAUGGAAAUUGGUAGUUAUACCGAGCUACAAGGGGGCAAUAUAGUUUUACCAAAUGGUUAUAGUUCCAUUUUAGAACCUUUACGAAAGGUUAUUCCUAAGGAUAAUUUAUUGUUAAGACACCCAGUUAAACUUAUUAAAUGGAAUUGUAAUAAAAAGUCAGGCAAAGAUGAUUCUGACUCUGACGAUUCUGACAGAACGGUUAUAGAGUCUCCUUCAUCUAGUCGAGAAUCGAGUUGUGAGAAAUCCUUUAAACAUAAUGUGGAAGUUGUCUGUGAUAAUGGCAAGAAAUUUAUAGGUGAACAUGUUAUAUGUACAUUACCCUUAGGUGUUUUAAAGCAUAAUGCAAAUACUAUAUUUCAACCUUCUUUGCCUGAUUAUAAAUUAGAAGCAAUCGAUAGGUUGUUAUUUGGAACUGUAGAUAAGAUUUUAUUAGAGUACGAAAGACCGUUUUUACACCCAAGUAUUACGGAGGUAUUAUUGUUGUGGGAGCCUGAAACUGAGAAAACGGUCGAUAUUAGCAAGAAUUGGUAUAAGAAAAUUUAUUCUUUUGCAAAGAUUACGGAGACUUUGAUAUUGGGAUGGAUUUCCGGCAAGGAGGCGGAAUACAUGGAGACGCUUCCCAACGAUAUUGUCAUCGAUACCUGUACCUCUAUUUUAAGGAAGUUUUUAAAUGACCCGUUUAUACCAAAACCAAAGCGCUGUGUUUGUACAAGCUGGCAUAGUCAACAGUACACCAGAGGAUCAUACACUGCCAUUGCAGUAGGAGCCUCGCAAGUAGAUAUAGAGUAUCUAGCACAACCUUUAUAUUUAGACGAUAACGAGACUAAGCCUGUAUUGCUAUUUGCUGGAGAACAUACCCACAGUAACUUCUAUUCUACUGUACACGGGGCUUAUUUAAGCGGUAGAACCGCUUCACAGAUCAUUAUGAAUUCAGAAGCACCCCAGGAAAUUGUAGUCGAUUGUAAAGAUGCCACAGACCUAAGUUCGUGGAUCCAAGGCAUUUGUUUAGAGUAAACUGCCUUUAUACUUUUUAUAUUAUACGUGUACAGUGGACUCGAUGGAUGUCGAUUUUGAACAAAAAUGUUGAGAAAAUCAGAUUUUCAAAACUUAAAAUGGUUGAAUUUCAGUAACACUAUUUCUUAGGAAGUUUAAAAUUUUUCAUAAUUGUAAAAUGUUUAUAGUAGCCACUUUACUAGGAUACUUUGUGGAAAGGUCUUCAAUGAAAUUAUUAUGAUUUUUAAUUUACUGCCAAAUAUCAACCAAUGCUCUACUGGCUUUCUACAUCCCAUUAUAAAGUCCAUGAUUACAGUAGAAUCCCGAUUAUCUGUGUGCGGAUUGUCCGGGGUGCGGAUUAUCCGUACUAUGUCUAGGAAUUUGUGGUGACACCUUAUUUUGUGUUUUUGUUUAGUAAAGACAUAAGUAACAUUGUGUGUUGUGGCUAACGCUUCUAAUCUGCAGAUGUUGCAAAUAUUCUAUUAGCUAUUUUAAAGUAAAUCGAAAUUUUAAACUUGCGUAAAAUACAUUGGAAAAUAAGGAAAAACAAAAAAAGUUAAAUACGGACCAAAAUAAUUGACUUAAAAAAAUACUCAAAAUAAAUGUACCUAAAUUACAUUUUCUACAUGUUUACCUGUAUAUUGCUCCAUUUUUUAUGUAAAAAAUAAAUGUUUUGAUUAUCCGUGUUUUUCAAUUAUCCGUGCCGCACUCGGUCUUGUAGAUCACGGAUAAUUGGGGUUCUACUUGUUUUUAUGCGUUUGCAAAAACUUUUUUGAGAUUUAUUAAAAAUUUUUAAGAAUUAUGGUACAAAAUAGUGAAUUUGUGAAUAAUUCCAGGUCAAAAAAACGUCAUAUUUUCUAAAAAUUUGAAUUCAAAAAUUAAUUUCAAAGUGCUCGAAUCAGGAUAUCCGAAAUCAGUUGUCUUGAGCCAAGUUGCUUUCUCAGUUUUAUGUAACGUCUUCAUUAAAUAAAAAAUGAAAGCUUUCAGUAUGAUCAAUUGAAAAAAAAAUUUGGAAAUUUCGACAAUUUUAAUUUGAAAAUUAUGGAGAAUUUAAAAAAUCGAGAACAUUGUCAUCCCUGAACUACAUUCUUCAGGAGCAUCUGAUGGUUUGAAGGUCCACUGUAUGUGUAUAUACGUGUAUGUUUGACUGGUCAACAAACAGAGUAAUAACAGAGUUUCCCGAAAUAAGGCAAUUAUUUGAAUUUAUAUAUAAAGAAAUAGUCCUGUGCACCUUAUUGUGGGAUAUUCUGUGCUAUAUUAUUAUACAUAUUAAUAUGUACAAGUUAUGUCUGAAAUGGAAAUAAAAGUUAAUUUUCUGCCGUAUUAAAAAAUAUUUAAAAGAACAAAAAAUGAACAUCAAUUUUUUUAAGUAACUACACUUUUUUUAUUUAUAAAAGUUACUGAGAUGUAUUAAAACGGUUUUAUGUACAGGGUGUGUGGACACAAAUGUGGCAUAAACUGAUUUAAAUCAAGUUACCCAGUACAAUUUUACACGUUUAUCCAAUAUCAACUUAAAACAUUUGGAUCUUGAAAUUUAGUAUUGGAGAGGUUAGUUCUAUAAUAAAUUUUAUUGAAAAAUUUCUUAAAAUAGAAGUCAUCAAAAAAUUUUUUAUUGGUCUGUCAUUUUUUGAAGAAGCACACUAAGGAUUUUUAAUCUAAAUCACUUUAUUUUCCUCCCCAGGAAGCUUUUUGUGAAAUAUGUCCAAUUCGUUUCCAUCACCCUGUACAAAUAAGUCGUAGCAUUUCAGACAUUUCCAAAUAUUAUUCAGUACAAAGAUACUUACAUGUUUAGAUCAGCAAAAAAAGCAUCCAUUGUUUUAGACAACUAUUCUGUCUAGUUUAUUGACUUGCAUUUGUUUACCUGAAUUGAAAUGUGUAGUCACAUUUUGCAGAAAGUAGUUAGUAAAAGAUAUAAAAUAACGUUAAUGGGAAAUGUGUGUGUAUUUUUAUUCGAUGGUGAUAAUGAACUCCUUUUUUUAUGUACCUUUAUUUUAUAUAUGAAUAUAUCUAGAAUAUUAAGCAGUCAAUGUAUGAUCAUUUUCCAUUUUUUUUAAAUGAGACAAAAUCAAUUUUGCAUAAAAUUGAAUUAAUGAAUUUUGUUUCG